AUGUCUGCAUUUCUGGAUCUUGAAGCCAGUGUAGCUCAUGAUGGAGAUGACCAGUCCUCUGACUCAGAAUAUGAAGGUGAAGAUAACUUUAUUGUUGAAGAGGAGGAUUGGGACAAAACAACCGAUUCACCGGAUGUGGACCUCAUUGCCAACUUAUCUGCUCCAUUUGUGGAGGAAGAUAGAUGGGGCAGCCUCUUGGAGAGGGCAAGAGCUUGUGCAAGCACCUCUGAGAGCCUGCCGAAUGGUAGCAAAGGAUUUGACCUUGGUCUUCUGGACGCUGCCCCUGAACUUUGGGUCCUAUCAUGCAUCGGCAUCAAGGCCCCCUUCAUUAUGCCACAUAUGGAGAAACAAGUGUGGCUAGAGGCCGAUAUGUCAGCCGAUUUGAAGAGCUGGCUGAUAUACCUGGUGUUAUCUGUCGCAAUCAACAGAUCAACCAAGGAUCGCCACUCGCACUUCGGUGGACGAUACACAAGGAGGUCAAAGGCGAAAGACGGAGUCAGGAGCGAACUUAGAUAG